UGGCUCCUUUCAGAUGAACUCUCUGCGGUAGUUGUGACCGGUCUUCCGUGAUACCCCUGCGACCUUCUACGGUCAGUCAUUACACUUACCCUACCGUCGAACACAUCCAGACAAUUUUUCUUCCAGUUCUAAUGUAAAUGGAAACCGUCUUCUUUCUAAGUGUACACGGCGAAGAAAGAAGCACUCGUUAAACUUAUAGUUUUUGUAGUUCUGUCAUUAAUUCGCUGUCCAUAAUCUGUCCACCGCGAGUGCACGUGAAAGAAAGUAACGGGAGUUUGUCAUUCUUAUUAGCUUUCCUGACAGAAAAGCUUUAAUGGACCAAAAAAGAGCUUGUAUGUUACAAUAAUCGCGCUCAUAUUGCAUCGCAACUUCAGCAUUAAUAACGCGCUUACGAUUAUAGCGGAGAUGCAAUAUCAGACCUCCAGUAUCGGCAUACUAUAAAUAUUAUACAUAUAUUGAUAGCACUCAACAAUGUUUGCUAGAUCACAUUCAAAAUAAAGUUGUUGAAUUUUUGUUCUACGAAGCUGCUUCGAUCGAACGAUCGCCUGCAAUUCAAAAUACGAAGAGCGCUAUCUGUUUGUAAUUAUACAUAUUUCUUGCUAUACAUUUGUCUAUAAAUCGAACGAAUUUAUUAGCUGUCUAGAAGAUCUCCCUUGUAUCGCGAGACGCCUAGGGGCGAAUCAUCGUCCACAAGAUUCCGUUUUGCAACAAGAUGACUGCGGAAGUUCCGAAUGAGGUCUGGUCGCAGGACCGACCCACAGUCCAGGAAGUCAGCGAAAUGCUGCGAAAUUUCGGCCCGUACGACUACUCUGUAUUCGCAUUGAUGCUGAUGGUCUGCGGUACGAUCGGAAUUUACUUUGGCUUCGUGAAAAAAUCUUCGGGCGAAGACGAGUACCUCGUGGGCGGUAGAAAUAUGGACACUUUCCCUGUCAGCUUGAGUCUUAUUGCCAGUUUUAUAUCAGGCAUUUCAUUACUGGGCACACCGACAGAAAUUUACGUGCACGGCACCAGUUACCUGUUCAUCUCAUUCGGGGUCGUUAUCGUCGGCUUCGUGAUGUCCAUCAUAUAUUUGCCAGUUUUCCAUGAGCUCAAGCUGACGAGCACCUACGAGUAUCUCGAGAAACGUUUCGACAAAAAGAUCAGGCUGCUGGGAUCGGCGCUGUUUAUGAUCGGUGUUAUGACCUGGCUUCCUAUCGUCAUCUACGUGCCGGCGUUGGCUUUUAAUCAAGUUACGGGGGCGAAUGUGCACAUAGUCACUCCGUUCGUGUGCAUCGUGUGCAUUUUUUACACUUGCGUGGGUGGUAUACGGGCAGUAGUAUGGACCGACUUUAUUCAGACGUUUAUCAUGUUCGGUUCCAUGCUACUAAUCAUAAUCAAAGGGACAUCGGACGUUGGUGGAUUAUCGGUGGUGCUAAGAAGAAAUCUGGAGUCUGGCAGGCUCGAAUUGCCCACGACAGAUUGGAAUCCUCUCACGAGACACACGAUAUGGUCGCUCGUGGUUGGCGGAUUCUUUCACUGGUUACAAAUAUCCGCCAUUAAUCAGAACAUGAUACAACGGUAUCUCUCGUUACCCAGUUUGAAGUCGGCCAGGAGGGCGCUCUGGAUCUUCAUAGUCGGUGUUGUGAUAAUAAUGGGAACGUGCGGAUACGCGGGAUUGUUAAUAUAUGCCUGGUAUCAUGAAUGUGAUCCACUUACGACGAAGCUAGCGGGUGCGAAGGACCAACUGUUGCCUCUGCUCGUCAUGAACGUGUUGAAAGAAAUGCCGGGACUUCCGGGGCUGUUCGUCGCCGGUGUGUUUAGCGCGGCGUUGAGCUCUUUAUCUACCGGCCUGAAUUCCAUGUCCGCCGUGGUGCUGGAAGACUUCAUCAAACCGUUCAGGAAGACACCUUUCACGCCCAAAACGGCGGACACUUUGAUGAAGCUCACAGUUGUGAUUUUGGGGGUAACUUGCGUGGCCCUUGUGUUCGUUGUCGAAAAAACAGGAUCUCACGUUUUGCAGUUAACUACAAGCUUGACUUCAAUUACCAGUGGACCUUCUCUGGCUAUCUUCAGCAUGGGAGUGUUAUUGCCCUGGGUGAACGCCAAGGGCGCCCUGAUCGGCGGGCUUUCCGGUCUUAGUUUCAUGAGUUGGAUCAGUUUAUCGGCCGAAGCAGCGAUCGCCAGCGGUAGAUUGAAAUUCGACGAGAAACCCAUCUCUACGGAGGGCUGCUAUUACACGUUUCCUCAGGUAGAGAGUUUGAUAUUCAUCCCCCCUGACAACAUUUUGAACGCGGGCGAAGACGAUAUGCUACCAGAGCCUUUAGCAUUGUAUCGUCUGAGUUAUCUUUGGUACACUGUCACCGGCGCGUUGGUGACGAUGAGCGUCGGUCUUCUCGUCAGUCUCAUAUCGUCGGAGAAUAUCGAGAAAUUAGAUCCAAUGCUGGUGGCUCCGGUGAUAAGGAGGUUUCUAAAACCGUCCAACAAGGAAGUACAACAAGUCGAGAUUGGUAAUAUAGAGACCGGUCUCGAAGUACGAGGAACUAGACAAGAGAACACGACCAGGGACUCUUCAUUGGCAUGACCUUGACCGACGAUCAUUGGCGUUGAUCGAAUCAGGGGUCGACAAAUCGUGCACGAGCAAAGUGUUUGGUUGACUGGCUGAAAUAUUAAAUUAGAACGGCCGGAAUAUAAAACAAGUUAGAGCAAUCAUGAAAAUAAAGUAUGGAACGUCUCGGCAGCGUGUUUGAACCCGCGACCCGCGCUGCCAACGAACACGAUGAGAGCGUGGCGGCCGCGGUUGUUGCGCGCAGCAACGUGCAGGAACGCGCGACGACGUCCAACGACACGAAUCAGCUGCUCACCCUCUCGCCUUACAAUUUUUUUUCGUUUCACAACUACGGGCAUCAGUGCCACUUUGCCCUUAAUAGAUCGCCGAGGGGGGAGCAAGAAAUUACACGUGUUCAUCGUAUCAUGUACGCUCGCGGCAGCUGUUAGAUAAUCGUUAGAUUGCGGUGCUUCCACGUGCUUCGGCGGAAGCUGAAGCCAGGCGGAAGGUCGGGUAAUUUAUUAACGGUGGGACCAGCGAGCGACCGGUUCCUGAUUUUCUUUGCUCCACAAUUGCCGAAAUUAAACGGAUCUUUCUACGA